AUGUCUGAAUUAAAGUCAUUAAAGAGGGAAGAACCAAAUUAUUUUGGUGCUGGUCCUGCAUUAUUACCAACUGAUGUUUUAACUAAAGCUGCUUAUGAUUUAUUAUCUUAUGAUAAUGAUAUCAUUGGAAUCGGUGAAAUCUCACAUCGUUCGAAACCUGCAACGGCUGUAAUUGAUGACACUAAACAAAACUUACGUACAUUAAUGAACAUACCUGAUAAUUAUGAGAUAUUUUUUUUACAAGGUGGUGGGACCACUGCUUUUUCAGUCAUACCAUACAAUUUAUUUGCUAAUUAUGCUAAAAGAACUGGAAAAAAGGGAAGAGCAGCAUACGCAGUAACGGGUACAUGGUCUGCCAAGGCUGUUGAAGAAGCUAAAAGAUUAGGUUUUGAAGCAGACGUUGUGAUUAAUACCAAAAAUUCAAAUUAUGGAGAUAUACCUAACUAUACAUCAUGGGAGCCUAUAAAAGAGGAUACUGCUUAUUUAUGGGUUUGUGACAAUGAAACAGUGAAUGGUAAUGAAUUUUUUGACACUCCAGGUGAAGAGUAUUUGCCAAAAAAUGUGGAAUUAGUCGCUGAUAUGUCAUCAAAUAUAUUAUCAAAAAAGAUAGACGUUAGCAAAUAUGGUUUAAUAAUGGCUGGUGCCCAAAAGAAUAUUGGUAUUGCUGGUUUAACGAUAUAUAUCAUACGAAAAGAUUUGCUAGAUCAAGCCACAGAUGCUGAAUUGAGAAAAUUAGAUAUAGCUUUAGUUCCAAUUGCAUAUGACUUUCCAAUGGUGGUUAAAAACAAUUCAGCAUACAAUACCAUCCCAUUGUUCACUUGCCAAAUUUUGAAAUUAGUUACGGAAAAGCUUAUUAAUGAACAAGGAAUAGCUAACAUUCAAAAAAUCAAUGACAAGAAAGCAAAACUAUUAUAUGGGGUCUUGGAUAAAUAUUCUAAUUUUUACAGGUUGCCAGUCACAAAUCCUAAAGUUAGAUCAAAAAUGAACGUUGUUUUUAAGACACCAUCAGAGGAUUUGGAUGCCAAAUUUGUCAAGGAAGCUGAAGCUGCCAAUUUGAAGGGUUUGAAAGGUCACAGAUCUGUUGGAGGUAUUAGGGCAUCAAUUUAUAACGCAGUUUCUUACACAAGUGUUGAAAAAUUAGCCAAUUUCGUGGAGGAAUUUGCCAAAAACAAUACGUAA